CUUGCUACUAUCAACAGCAAGAUGUCUGCUCAAAAGGAUGACUACGAAAAACUGUCUAAAGAGGAGCGCGAGGCUCGCGAUAAGGCUGAUCGACAACGCGAAGCCGCGGAGCAAGCUGUUUUGCCCUAUAAAUGGGGUCAAGAGCUCGGCGAGGUUGAUAUCGUAGUUCCUGUGCCCAAGGGCACGCGGGGCAAGGACCUCGGCGUCGUCAUUCAGAAGAAGAAACUCAGUGUAGGUCUGAAGGGUAAAGAGCCCAUUAUGGCAGGCGAACUCUGCAAAGAUAUCAAGGUGGAAGAUAGCACUUGGACACUAGAGGACCAAGAGGCGGUUCACAUUCAUCUGGAGAAGAUCAAUAAGCAGCAAUGGUGGGAGAACGUCCUGACACACCACCCUAAGAUCGAUACGACCAAGAUCACACCUGAGAACAGCAAGCUCAGCGACCUGGACGGAGAAACAAGGGGCAUGGUCGAGAAGAUGAUGUUUGACAACCAACAGAAGCAAAUGGGCAAGCCAACAUCAGAUGAACUCAAGAAGAUGGAGGCACUGAAGAAAUUCCAAGAUGCUCAUCCCGAGCUUGACUUCUCCAACGCGAAGAUGUCGUAGUUCUCUCGUUCGGCCAGGCGUAGCGUCGAAAGUUGUACUAAUCUCAUCUCAUCUCAUCUUGUAGCAAGGA